AUGCUGAACGUCCGGCUUUUUUUCCGGUACAUCGUGCUGGUUGCCGUAGUUCUUCUGACGCUGGGUGCCUUCUACUGGAAACACGAAGUCUCUACGUUAUCCGCGGACUGGUACGAUCACAUUGAGGAACUUGUUCGCAAACCUUGGCCCUCAUCCAAUUCGACGAAUCCGACGAAGCCGACGAAACAGCUAUCAUGGAUAUCCAAAGGACCGGGUGCACAGGACAAAGCAGUCAUUGUGCCCAAGAUCCACGGUGAAGACGUCAGCUGGGUGUCGGAUCAGCUCCAAGACUGGCAACAUGCCAUUUAUUAUAUGGACGAGGAAGACGAGGGAACGUUGCAUCCCCCGGAGAACAAAGGCCAUGAGGCCAUGGCAUAUCUCACCUUCUUGAUCGACCACUAUGAAAACCUUCCAUCGUCAAUGGUUUUUGUUCAUGCACAUCUCGACGGCUAUCCGCGAGCUUGGCAUACUGACAGCCAAGGAUAUAAUCAGGUCCGUUCCAUCCGCUCAUUGAGACUCGAGUACGUCCAGGAGCAUGGGUAUGCGAAUAUGCGCUGUAUCUCCGACCCGGGCUGUCCGGCCGAGAUUCAAAUCAACCGCGACGAUGAUGAACGAACAGCGGAGCGGGCAUUUGUUGGAGCAUGGACCUAUAUGUUCCAAAGCAAUGUAUCCGACGUUCCAGAGACAAUUGCACAGCCGUGUUGCGCACAAUUUGCGGUGUCGAAGGCUCAAGUCCUCAAACGGAGUAGGGAAGAUUACCUUCGAUAUCGACAAUGGCUGCUGGACACAGAGCUUGAUGAUGACACGAGUGGACGUGUUUUCGAAUAUCUGUGGCACGUCAUCUUUGGGAAAGACCCGGUUUAUUGUCCACCGUUGAAUGAGUGUCACUCUCCUUGGAGACCUCUACGAUACCCGGACUCGAUCCGCCUUCUUCAGUUUCCCAAUAAAUGCGACGCCGGUACGCUUGUAUCACCAGGUCACUUCAACCUGAUCACCACCCGACUUUCAAGUCCCGCGAGACCUCAAUACCAGGCACUGUCAUAUUCUUGGGGCCAGGACAUGACGACACAUACAACCAAAAUCAAUGGCGUCGAUGUGAGUGUCCGCCAGAAUCUGUGGGACUUUUUUCGCCAAGCGAUGUUUGGUGGCGUCGGCAGUCUAGAAGUCUGGGGACAAUCCAUAUGGAUCGACGCUCUUUGUAUUGCGCAAACAGACCUGGACGAGAAAGCCCACCAAGUGUUGCAAAUGGGAGAGAUCUUUGGGACUGCAAAAUUCGUCAUCGUGUGGCUGGGGACCUGA